AUGGCCGCGGUCCCCGAUGCGGGUCGAGCGCGUCGAAGACUUGGUCACUUGGGAGGAGCUGAGGUCCAAGGAAUUGAGGCACCUGGGAGAGACCCUGGGUGCAAGAGACACCAGUCAAGGGGUUUCGGAGGCCUAGCGUGGACGCGAGAUGAAAGAAAGCGAUGGAGAAAGAAAGCGAGACAGAAAUACCUGAUGGACGGAUGGGUUCGUUUGUGGUGGGAAGAUGCAGGAGAGGAAGUUUCCGUGGAGUCCAAGAAAGAGAAUGCGCGGCUGGGCCUAGGCGAGAUGCAGGGAGGAGAGGGCGAGGGGGUCAGAGGAAGUGGGAGGAAAAAGGAAAAUUGA